CUGGCCGUCGCCUGUGGGUUUCGGGGCGGAUUUCCGAGGGGAGACGGGGGCGCCGCUUCAGGAUCGGGGGCAUGAUGGGGAUGGCUUCUUCCAGGAGGGCUUGCUAGGACGGCUGCGUUUGUGACACAGCUGCUUUAAGAAAACCGUCAUGAGCACUCGGCUCUGGUGACUCGUCAGGGAAGCGCACGGCGUCCAGAUCUUCCAGAGAGCCUCAGGCUUUGGGAACUGAGAAGAGCCCCCAGCUCCGUGACCCUGCACCCUGAGAUGGGGGGACUCUGCCCCCGCAGACUCGUGCGGCCAGGACCACUGCACCGUCCCCUGCCUUCUCCGCCUUCCGCCAGGUCCUGGACAUCGUCAACCCUGCCUUCCAGUGCGUCUGAACAACCCACCCAGCGCCCCCAUGGCCAGCAACAACACCGCCAGCAUCGCACAAGCCAGGAAGCUGGUGGAGCAGCUGAAGAUGGAGGCCAACAUCGACAGGAUAAAGGUGUCGAAGGCUGCUGCAGACUUGAUGGCCUACUGUGAAGCGCAUGCCAAGGAAGACCCCCUCCUGACCCCCGUUCCGGCCUCAGAGAACCCUUUUAGGGAGAAGAAGUUUUUCUGCGCUAUCCUUUAAAUCUUCAAGUGGAGCCUGAAGAGCCUCAGGGCUCCUGGGACCCUGAUGUAGAGUUUUUAGCGAAGUGGGCGCCUUUCUGGUCCCCGGCAUUUAAGGAGAGGGAGGAGAACCAUCCUGGAAACUCCAGGCCAUGCAUGUUUAAGAACUGGUCCCCUUUAUGAGAAUGAAAGCUGCUCCGCAUCCUGAGUUAAGAGAUCUGAUAUCUGCAGAACUGCCUGGAGGAGGGAACCUGUGAAGAUAAAAUCGGUGUCCUUUCUUUCCUGCUAUCCCUCCCAAAACCUUAUGUUUCUGCUUCAUAUUUAAAAAAUUAAAAUUAAAGCACACAGCUGUGCUGAGCUCA